AUGAGUUCAAGGUUUCUCAGAACGUGUAACCGUGAUGGUGGUGUGAGUAUAGACCUGAACCACGGGACGACCACCCUGGCCUUCAAGUUCAAACAUGGAGUCAUUGUGGCCGUGGACUCCAGAGCCUCAGCAGGCCGUUACUUGGCAUCCAACGACGUCAACAAGGUGAUAGAGAUCAACCCCUACCUGCUGGGCACCAUGUCGGGCAGCGCUGCAGACUGCCAGUACUGGGAGAGACUCCUGGCCAAAGAAUGCAGGCUCUACAGGCUGAGGAGCAACCACAGGAUCUCUGUGGCUGCUGCCUCCAAGCUGCUGUGCAACAUGAUGCUGGGCUACAGCCUCUUUAUGGGAAGCAUGAUCUGUGGAUGGAACAAAAAGGGUCCCGGUCUGUACGGCCGCAUGUUCUCUACCGGCUGUGGGAGCAGCUACGCCUACGGCGUGGUGGACAGCGGCUACAGAAAGGACAUGGCGGUGGAGGGGCGGUCAACAGUGAGUCCACUCUGGUUUCCAUCUAGCAGACAGCAACAUCCGUCUCACAUUGUCUCCGUCAUGUACCACAUGCAGCAGGACGGCUGGAUAAAGGUGUGUAAGGAUGACGUCUCCGAGCUGAUCCACUGCUACAGGAAGGGAAUGUUCUGAAUGCUCAGCACUCUGAACACGACUGAUGAUGCGUUUCUUUCCAGAAGCUUCUUUGUGCACUUUUCUAGUAGUGAUUUUGGAGAUGAUCCCACUGAUGUCUCACAGCAGAGAAAUGCUCUCCAAACGUUUCUUUCCUUCCACAUGAACCUGAAGUCUACAGGACCAAAAUGUCACUAAACUGCUGAGCUCAUUGUGUGCUGUUUGUUGCUAGUGAUGCAAUGCAGGUGCUGUGUGUGUUGGUUCUCACAUGCUUCUGUGUACUAGUGUGUUCUUUGUGUUGACCACACAUGCUGUUUAAAAUACUUUCACCAACACAACACAACAAUCCCAAAUACAGCCCUGCUGUCCUGUGAUGAUUGACAUUAACCAACCAAGAGGGAAAUUGAGUGAGUGGGUCACAUGUCGAUGAAAAUUAGAAGAUUUAGAUCUUAAAGCAUUUUUAUUCUUUCUCUUACUGUUUUUCAGUCGUUUUACUGUCAACCACAUUAUUUCUUUCAAAGAAAUCCUGUGGUCAAAGUUCCAUAAAUCUUUUUUCAAAUAAAUAUUCAGCUAUGAAAAAUCAUUUUUUAGAUGCCUGGUGUGAAGGUGACAUCAAUUAGUUUUAUUAUUGAUGGGCAUGAAAUGUGAUUAAAACAUACAGGAAGUGUAAAAUCUUUUGUUAGGAAUUAAAGUAGAAGUGCACCCCUAGUGGUGGGAAGUAGAUUACAUGUAACAAUGUUUAGUAUAGAAUUGUAGUUUGUGUGAUGUUAGAUAGUAGAUAUUACAAUUGGAUGUUAAAUGAAGUGAAUGUAUUAUAGUCAAUAACAAUUUAAAGUCAUAUAAAUCAUAUAAAUACUGUACACAUUAAUAUCCUGUCAUGAUGUAAUGUUAAAACCUGGGGACGGAGUUUUUUCUCCUGUCAGGUAUUAGUUAAGCAAUUGGAUGCAAGACAGCUGAAUGAGGCAAUGUGUUGCACCAGAUAAACUGUGAUAAACCAUUAAGUACUGUGAUCUUAUAUGUUGUGUUGUAAUUGUACUAGUUAUAAGAUGAAAUAAACUAUGUAUAUGAUGUUAUUUUCACUCUUUGAGGCAUAAAGCCAGAUGUUCACAAGAGAAUGCAUUGGAAUGUCAGGGACAGAAGAGACAGAGAGGGUUUCAGGUUACUGCAGCAGAUUCACACCUAAGUGUGAAAAGGCUGGACCAGGAGGAGAUACAUUGAAGGAGCCAAUGACAUUCAAAUACACCCAGAAGACCACCCCCCCCGGGAGCUUCAAAUCAUCGAACCGGGAGAAGAACAGGCAGAUUUUUCCUGCAGCCUGAUGAGUCACUUUUGACUUGGCCGGGGAAAUCUCUAUUUCUCGAAAUAUAUCACUAUUCACAUUGUUUUUCACUUUGUAAUUGUAGGCCUUACUCUUUGUUUAGUUAUUAAAUACUUUUUGAUUUUUAAAACCCGAGCUAGUUGACUUUUGAUUCACCGUAUCCUGCCAGGACGAGAACAAAGGGAAGCUGGUCUCCCCUUCGGCCUUCAAAACCCAUCACUUUCCAGAACUAAAGCUGUUGGGUGAAAUGUUCAAAGCACUCGUGUUCCUGAUGACUGGUGACAGUCUGACUAUUAAAUACUAAUUAUUAUUAAAUGAUCUGGGAAGACACAUGAUGAGCAAUCACAAAUAACAUGAAUCACUUGUAUCAUUUCUUCUUAUGGACAUAUAGAAAUAAAUAUUAUAUAUAUUCUUAUUUGACAAAGCAGCAAAUGAUACAGGAGAGAAACCUAAAUAAUGUUAUUGUCACAGCAGUUGAAGCGUUGUUACUUUAGGACGCCAUAGUGUGUGACCUCCCAGCAGAGAAAC